AUGCCAUCAUCCAUCUCGUCCCUCCGAGACAACGACCUCAACUGCCCCCCCCCCCAAAACAGCACCCGAACACGUGCGACCAGUCGACGCCGACCCACCAGUUUGGACGUCCUCGCAAAUCCUCAAGCUCCCGAGGCGACAAAACUUCCCAGAAACCGCAAGAGACAACGUCCGCCGGCCCACGAGCGCAACCAAUCCACGAUGCGCGCUGCACGACGCGCGCUGCCCGCGCACCUGCUGUGCCGAAGCUGCCUGAGACACCAACAACGCCGGUUCGCAAGCUCGGCCGCGCCCCCGAGACCGCCGCCGUCCGGUCUCGCCGCCCUCCCGUCUCGACAGCUCCUCUCCGUGUCGGGGCCCGAGGCAUCCAAGUUCCUGCAGGGCAUCAUCACCGCCAACGUGACCGGCGCGGACGGUCUGCCGCGCAAGGAUGCAUUCUACUCGGGGCUCCUCAACGCCACGGGCCGCGUCGUCCACGACAUCUUCGUGUACCCCCUCCGGCAGGGCGGGCCGGCCCCCUGGGCCACGGAGGAAGGGUACCUGCUGGAGGCGGACGCAGGCGAGGUGGCGAGGCUGGCCAGACUCAUCAGGCGGUACAAGCUACGCGCAAGGGUGACGGUGCGCGACGUGCCGCCGGACGAGGCCUCCGUCUGGCAGGCCUGGGACGAAGCGUCGCCGCUGGCGCCGGACGUGGCGGCCGGCGAGUCGAGGCUGGUGCUGGAGGACCCCCGGGCCCCCGGUCUGGGCUGCCGCAUCGUCCAGCUGAACCACAGGGCGCCCGAGCUCGACGUGGACGCGUCGACCGAGGCCGCGUACACCAUCCGGCGGUACCUGCGCGGCGUGGCCGAGGGCCAGGACGAGAUGCUGCGCGAGCAGGCGCUCCCCCUGGAGGCCAACAUGGACGUCAUGGGGGCCAUCGACUUCCGCAAGGGCUGCUACGUCGGGCAGGAGCUCACGAUCCGCACGAGGCACCGCGGCGUGGUGCGGAAGCGCAUCCUGCCGUGCGUGAUUUACGGCAAGGACAAGGCCGCGCCGCGGGCGCUCCUGUACGACGCGGAGUGCAGCUCGCCGGAGAGCCUGACGGCCGACAUGAUCCCCGCCGGGACGAGCGUCGGCCGGCUCGGGAAGAGGGGCCGCAGCGCGGGCCGGUGGCUGAAGGGCGUGGGCAACAUUGGGCUGGCGCUGUGCCGGCUCGAGAUUAUGACGGACCUCGUGCUGCCCGGCGAGCAGGCCGCGGCUACGUACGGGCCCGGGGGGGACGAGUUUGUGCUGGAAUGGGGCGAGGGCGGCGAGGACAACAAAAGCGACGUCAAGGUCAGGGCGUUUGUGCCGGCGUGGCUGCGUGAGGCCCUGAGCGCGCAGGGGCUGGACAGGACGGAACGCAUCCAUAGAUGA